CCAGGCCCUGACCUCAAACUUCAUACGCUCCAGGGCGUUCCAGGCUCAAGUCUCAAGUCAGUUCUCACUUCUCAGCCGGAGCGGCAACCGUAUCGUCUUCCAAAUAAAAUAAAAUUUUAAUAAUUUCGUACUGAUAACCGGAAUAACAAUUUUUCGAUAAUGAAUCGAAAGCCCCGCAAGAUCGGGCCCCCCGUGUGGAUGCCGCUCUUCAUCCUGUUCCUCUUGUUCAUGGCAAGUGUGUGGGUGAUGGUCAACCGCCAGGGUCUGCUGGACAUGUAUCAUACGCAGGUGCAUGGACGGGGCGACCUCGUCUGCUCGAAGGGUGGCUCGAAGUCGAGGUGCAGUCGCGGUGGGAAGCGCGAUGAUCUAGAUAUGAAUCCCUUCAAAGCCUUUCUGGAAUGGCCCGGAAAGUCACAAGUAUCUAAUGAUAAUCUGGGCAGCUUCGAUGACAUCAAGCUGGACUUUGAGGAGGACUUUCCCAGGAGCCGCCCACGGGAGCGCAACCUUUUCGACGAUGAUUUGAUCAUGGAUCACAAACUGGAGUCAUUUGGGAAACGCCAGGACAUGGGGCUGGGCCGCGGCCCACAGAGGGUCAAGAAUCAGGCACGUUACACGGGAAUGCAGAGGAAGCAGAAUGGAGGUCACCGCAGACGGUUGGUCAACAGCCCAGUGAUGGACUUUAGACGCGAGUUUGCCAGCGAUGAGGCCAACCCCUAUGUGGAGAACCUCCAGCAGCGCUACAAUCCCUCCCCUUACGACUAA